CAAUGUUCGAUGCUUGGUCCGUUGUUCUAUGGCGCAGAGCUACGCGUGUGCACCUCUGUCGACGACGGGAAUAAGAAAUUCUAAACACGGAACGGGGCUACAGAUAGUAGAGAAAAUUCAGACCAAGGCGAGGGUGCUUACAGACACACCCCGAUAAGCUCGAACGAAAUCAUAUCUAGUAUCUUGAAACCGUUGUCGGUCGAAGCUGACUGACAGGAAUUCACACUCAGUGCAAGGGUGCGGAACAUAUAUUGUGUGAUUUUGACAGUGACCUGUGAAACGAAUAGUGAAAAUACGUGGGAAAAACUAGACUUACUGAUAUUUUCGCACGUAGAAUUCAUGGAAAAGGGUCUGAAGGGACCCGAAGUGCCGGGUAUUACUCAAAUUUGCCAAACUGGAACUAAUGGAACUAGAAAAUAUCGUAGCGAACACUGUAUAUUUAAAAGCGAGAGAGGGUGGUUCCGAUAAUAACAAAGGGAAAAGCAAAAAAUGGAGAAAGAUUCUCCAAUUUCCCCAUAUCUCCCAAUGUAUAGAGUUAAUGAACAAAAUAGACGUCUCCUACGAAUACGUGGUCGACCAACAACCGAUCGGCAGGCUCCUGUUCGAACAAUGGUGCGAGGUGCAGCGUCCCGAAUACCACAGAUGUCUCAAGUUCCUGGACGCCGCCAAACGUUACGAGGUGGAGACCGACGAGCAGAAGACGGAACUGGCGAACGCGAUCCGGAAGGAUUUCCUGAACGCGGAGGCCGCGGAGAACGGCGUCUCGAUGCCGGCGGAGCUCAAGGUCGCCAUGUCCGCGAUCGGCGAAAUCCUGCCGCAGAUCGCAGAGAACGGCACCGCUGAACGGUCCGCGGGCGACGACGCGACCGCGCGGCACGCGGACGUGACGGACCGGCUGUCCGCCAACAACGUGACGGACGCCAAGCCGACCAACGGACACUGCAAGGACCUGUUCGCGCCGUGCGCGCACGCCGUCAGGUCCCUGCUCAGCGCCGACCCGUUCCGCGAGUUCACGAACUCGAUGUACUUUCAUAGGUAUCUGCAGUGGAAGUGGCUCGAGUCCCAACCCGUCACUUACAAGACUUUUAGAAUGUACAGGGUGCUGGGCAAGGGCGGUUUCGGAGAGGUGUGUGCCUGUCAGGUACGAGCGACAGGAAAGAUGUACGCCUGCAAGAAACUGGAGAAAAAACGCAUAAAGAAGAGGAAAGGAGAAGCGAUGGUGCUGAUCGAGAAACAGAUUCUUCAAAAAAUCAAUUCCCGUUUCGUGGUCAACUUGGCCUACGCCUAUGAAACAAAAGACGCUCUUUGUCUAGUCCUUACUAUCAUGAAUGGGGGAGACCUAAAAUUUCACAUUUAUAAUAUGGGCGGAGAAUCUGGCCUGGAUAUACAGAGGGCGAGGUUUUACGCCGCUGAGGUGGUUUGUGGCUUGGAUCACUUACACCAACAGGGCAUUGUAUAUAGAGACUGUAAACCUGAAAAUAUUUUAUUGGACGAUGCAGGUCAUGUGAGGAUCUCAGAUUUAGGUUUAGCUGUAGAUAUUCCAGAAGGCGAGUCAGUUAGGGGUAGAGUAGGAACAGUAGGUUAUAUGGCACCCGAAGUGAUAGACAAUGAACGAUAUACAUUUAGUCCAGAUUGGUUUAGUUUUGGCUGUCUUCUUUACGAAAUGAUAGAGGGUCAGGCACCGUUCAGAGCUAGAAAGGAGAAGGUUAAGAGGGAGGAGGUAGAUAGACGAGUGAAGUCGGAUCCUGAAAAAUACUCCUCGAAAUUCACAGAGGAUGCAAAGAACCUUUGUCAGCAGUUGCUGGCCAAGUUGCCUGGUCAGAGACUUGGCGGUAAAGCUGGAAGACACGGGGCUUGUGUUGUGAAACAACAGCCGUUUUUCGUACAGGUCAACUGGAAGAGACUGGAAGCUGGAAUGGUAGAACCCCCCUUCGUACCCGACCCCCAUGCCGUUUAUGCCAAAGACGUCCUUGAUAUUGAACAAUUUUCAACGGUGAAGGGAGUGAAUAUAGAUGAAAAUGAUGCAUCCUUCUACAGUAAAUUCAACACUGGCUGUGUGUCCAUUCCAUGGCAAACCGAGAUGAUAGAAACUGAUUGUUUCAGACAGUUGAACGUCUUUGGACCCUACAAUACAAGGUCCCCUGAUUUAAUACUUCAACCUGUAACAUCAUCAGAAAACGAAGGAUGUUUUCCAUUCAGAAGAAAGAAAAAACCACUACCAAGAACAAGACCCAUCCAGAUAAAUCCGGCUAUGUUACCUCAACUCACUGAGAGCUGAUAAUGUGACUUCUCAAUAAACUACUUAAGAUGAACAACAUUGAUUACCUCUUCAGCAUCUUGGCCAGUUAGCAGUCUUUCCGUUUAAUACGAAGCAACUGUGGCAUUCAUAUUGAAUUAUGAACAUUUUGGAUUGAAUAGAUCCCAUAAUUUCGUUAAAAGUACAUCAAACAGCAAAUAACUCAAAAUCUUAAUAUUUGCAAAUUGCAACUGCAUUGAAUUUUAAAUUUUGGUGAUAAAAAUAGAUCGCUCAUCUGAAAGAAUUGAAAGAUAUUGACCCAUUUCCAUUUGCUCAAUAGACUCGUGGCAUUUCUGUUAUUUAACUUAUAUUCCCAAUAUGUGAUAAUAUAAUUUAUCAUCACAAUUAUUAAUUUCAUAGUAAUUUGCCGAAAAUGCAUAUUGGUAUUGUGAAAUUUUUCAAGAGAAAGUUUGACUUUUUAUAAUUAAUUAAUGAUGAGCUUGUUCCAAGAAUUUUGUACUUAAACAUCUGUUCAUCGCAACACAAAAAUUGAAAUUACUUUUUGAGAAAAAUGUUGCGUGUGUAGAAUUGAAUUGUUAUGAUGUUUCAUUUUUGACUUUUUUCAUCUUAAUCUAAAGUACAAAUAAUAUCAUCAACAAGAAUCGACAUUUUAUGAACAUAUGCUCUAUUUUUAAGCAGUUUUAUUUCACAAAACUAGCAAGAUUAAUACUUUGUUGCUGAGGCCAACAAAAAAUUUUUGCACAAAUACAUAACGGACAAUUUUAAUUUAUUGAACUUACAUAAAAUAAGUUACUCCUCAGAAAAGACCUUAUUUAUAAUAUUUUAUUGUGAUAUUUAUGAUUGAUUGUUCAUAUUUUCCUCUUGACAUUUAUUAUAAGUUGAUGUGUACACUUAAAUAAAAAAUGAAACUGGCAUAUCUAAAA